UCCCACAGUUUUCACAUCAAUUUAACCCAUUUUCAUUUUUAUCUUUUUUCACUUAUACUCUCUAUCUCUCUAUCUCUCCUCUCAUUCGUAUAAUACUAUAUUAGUACCAUUACCCAUCUCUCUUUCACCACCAAACCAACAUCUGCAAAUCCUCUCUCCCUCUCUCUCUCACUCCAAGAAAACACAAGAAAAAUGUCAGUCAACCAUAAUUACCACAACACUCUCUCGUUGCAGCAGCAGCAACAUAUGCACCACCAAAACGACGUCGCCGUAGCACAAAGAGAGUCUUUGUUCGAGAAAUCACUCACGCCAAGCGACGUCGGGAAACUAAACCGCUUAGUCAUACCAAAACAACACGCCGAGAAAUACUUCCCUCUCAAUAAUAAUGGCGGCGGAGGGGAUGACGUGGCGACGACGGAGAAAGGGAUGCUUCUUAGCUUCGAGGACGAGUCAGGCAAGUGCUGGAAAUUCAGGUACUCAUACUGGAACAGUAGCCAAAGCUACGUGUUGACCAAAGGGUGGAGCAGGUACGUCAAAGACAAACACCUCGACGCUGGAGACGUCGUAUUCUUCCAGCGACACCGUUUCGAUCUCCAUAGACUCUUCAUUGGCUGGCGGAGACGCGGCGAAGUUUCUUCUUCACCCGCCGUCUCCGUCGUGUCUCAAGAAGCUUUGGUUAAUACGACCGCGUAUUGGAGCGGCUUGACCACACCUUAUCGUCAAGUACACGCGUCCACUACUUACCCUAAUAUUCACCACGAGUAUUCACACUAUGGCGCCGUCGCUGAUCAGGCUCAGUCGACAUCAACGGCGGUCGCAGGGAGCUCGAGGACGGUGAGGCUAUUUGGCGUUAACCUAGAGUGCCAUGGUGACGCUGUCGAGCCUCCAGCUCGUACCGACGCCUAUAACGGCCAACACAUUUACUAUUACUCAACUCCUCACCCCAUGAAUCUAUCAUUUGCUGGGGAAGCAUUGGAGCAGGUAGGAGAUGGACGAGGUUAAUGACAUCCAAAAAGAAGAAGUGACCAAAACUUUUUAGAUUUUAACUUUAGAUUAUGGGCCCAUACUUGGCCCAAUUGUCAUAGACAAGAAACACCCAAAAAAAAGGAGGAGAAAUUAAUAUCAGCAGUUUCGUUAUGUAUUUACUGUUUGACUAAUUUGAAAACAAAAAUAAAAAGAGGAUUCUUUUUUUAUUCUUCUUUCUAUAUCUUUAGUCAGAACGGAAAAAACUAUAUAUAUAUAUGUAAAAAGAUGUAAAUUAUUGGGUUUAUUGUUCUUAUUAUUUGAA